GUCAUCUUGGUUAAACUGAACAAAUGUUUCUGCAACAGCUAUACAGAAUCAGACCCAGUCAAAAUAGCUGUGGACGGUGUAGAGACAUUUAAGAAGGAAAAUUGUGAUUUAAUAAUUGUGGAUACCAGUGGGCGCCACAAACAAGAAGCAGCUCUUUUUGAAGAGAUGCGACAAGUUUCUGAAGCAACGAAACCGGAUCUCGUGAUAUUUGUUAUGGAUAGUAGCAUCGGACAAGCUGCUUUUGAUCAAGCUCAAGCAUUUAGGCAAAGUGUUGCAGUUGGAGCCGUGAUUAUUACUAAGAUGGAUGGCCAUGCAAAAGGAGGUGGUGCCCUAAGUGCAGUUGCUGCAACUAAAAGUCCGGUCAUAUUUAUUGGAACUGGUGAACACAUGGACGAGUUCGAAACUUUUGAUGUUAAACCAUUUGUCAGCCGUCUCUUAGGCAUGGGUGACUUGUCUGGAUUGGUGAACAAGAUACAAGACGUGGUCCCAAUGGAUCAACAGCCUGAGCUUCUUCAGAAGUUAUCAGAAGGACAUUUUACCUUCAGGAUUAUGUACGAGCAAUUUCAGAACAUGCUUAAAAUGGGUCCUCUUGGCCAGGUUUGCUGCUCAUAUACAUUAAUCUGAUCCCCCCGCGCAUCCUCUCCCUCCCUCUCUCUCUUCUCUUUUGAAACUUGGCAAAUUUUUCUGAAUGUUAUACCAUUCGUGACACAAAUCUAGAACUAAUAUUUUUGGUUUUCUGGCUUUUUCUGGAACAAACAGUUUUGGUGUUAGGUUGUAAAACCUACAUGAAAAUACAAGUUGGUAUUAGAAAUCAGUGAUUUCAGUCUUCUUUUUGAUUUUCAGCCUUCUUUUUGUUCAUUGAGGUAAGAGGUUGAUACGUUUCUAGGCCAAUUUUAUUACUUAAUGCUUUUUGAACCUUAUGGGCAAACAGUCCCUCCCCCCUCCAACUGCUCCCACCUUGCUUUUUCUUUUUCUCUUUCCCUUUGUUAGUAUCGUACGGCCAGAGAGUUGGUUUUUUCUUUCUUCCUUUCUUUUCUUUCUCCCUUCCUUUACCCUCCCUUUUUUUCUCUGUUUUGUUUUUUAAGUUUUUCAAUGGCAAAUUUAGUUGCAAAUGGAGAUGAUUUCCUAAUAUUUCUGGGAUUUCUAACCAUACGAAGUUGGUUUCGAUGGUUUAGGGAUUUAGUAAUAUCAUUUCAGAAGUUCAUAUCUGGAAAUACUACUCUUUUUUUUUCAAUAUUAAAUCUAAACACACAGUUGUUUUCGAUAGCCAAACCUAAAAUCAUUUGUUUCCAAAACAAAUUCCCAAACCAUACCAAAAGAAGAAUUUUGGUUUGGAGAAUUUUCAUUAUUUACAGUACGGUUGGGAAAAACAGCUUUCCUAUAGUAUAUCACAAAAGCUUAGAAGGUCUUUUUUUUUUCAUUGUUCUUCUAGAAAAUCUCUUAGGCUUGUUUCCAUUUGUCCUUGUUCUUCUGUUUUAGAAACCUAUAAAUACUGAUCUAUUAACUUGAGCAAGUCGAAGAUCAUUUGGAGCCUCCAAGUUGAUUUAAGCUCUAUUUGGAGCCUGCUAGUUGAUUGGUAGAUUAUGAAUCCUUCCAAGAAUUUAAAUUUGUCAGUAGGCAAGUUAUUGUUUACACGCAAACCUUUUCAUAAUAUUGAUUUUAAUUUCCUAUAUUGCUAUCCAUUGCAAAAAC